AUGGCAAGAGCAAGCAGAAUGAAGCAAUAUCAUGGAGAGCUCAGAUCCAAGGUCCGGAAGUUGAUGGCGGUUUGCUUGGGUGGAGUUUUGCUAAUUUCAGGUGGCGGAGCUGUCGCUGGUGAGCCGUUCGAGGGCCUUCUGCGUCGGUCUUUAACUUCGGGGAGAGAUGGAAACCGGGACGGAACAGCCGCUACCAAUUCCGUCGCAACGUGUCAGGGAAAAAAUGGAAGCGCAACUACCCCAACUCCUGCUACGUUGACGCUAUCAAAGAGUUCCCUCACCGCUGAGGUAAAGUGCUUAGGUGAAACAAACACACCAGCACCAGAAGACCGGGCGAACGUCUGCGACGGGCAGACCGGCAGCACCGAUCCGGAAGAUGAAUCUAAUGCCUGCGCCAUUGGCACACAGAAGCUCGGCACAACGGUCACCCUGCAAGCGCUCCUCGGGGCAAACCGAAACAUACAGUGGACAGAAAAAAGCAUAUCGGACAGCGGCGCAGGCACCGCGCGGAUGCUCAAGCUAAACGAAGCAGACCUCCCUCGAACCGACAAGACAUUCUUCGUUGGCUGCAAAAAACAAGCAGGUGCCGCCGCCAACCCGUCGUGCAAAGUGACAGUGAACGUGAAUGCCCGACCCUCGUCGGUUGACGACAAAAACGUUGUCACCUGCGCAUACGGCGAGGACAGCAACCAGAAAGCCGUGGAAGUGGAGAUGUCACAAGACAAAAACACUCUCACCAUUGACUGCGGGAAGGACGGAUCGAUGCAGCCUGCAGCAUACACAUCUCAGUACUGCUUCCCCGAGGGAGAUACGUUGGAAGAGUGCUCCAAGGCGAACUACUCUGAUAUUCUUCCCACUUUUGAAACCAGCUGGUGGACCGAAGCGGAGAACGACAGUUCCCCGACUGUGUUGACCAUCCCGAAGACUGACUUCCCAGGUGAAGACCAGCGCCUCCUUCUAGGGUGCGCUCCUAAAUCAACUGCUGCGCAAAAUCCUACAAAGAGAUCCAGUCAGUCUGAGUCGGUGACAACAUCCUGUCGGGUUGUUGUCAUUGUCAAGGCGGUGAACGCCGCCUCCGCUGCACCGAUCACCCCGCAAGUAGUAGCUGCGACCUCUGGAGCGGCUGCUCUAUCAGCGCUGCUGGCUGGUUCGGUGUAA